GCUUGUGAGAAAAGGAAGUACAAAGUUGGUCGUAUAUUGGAAACACAGAAGACCGUCCCUUUUAAUGACAAACGAGAUACUGAAGAUUGAAGAAGCUAUAAUCUACAAGUAAUUGUUGUAUGAUUUUCGCGCAAAGCUACUCGAGGGCUGUCUGCGUUAACCAUCCCUAAGUUAGCAGUAAUAAAGUAAAGGAAAAGCAGCUAAUCAACACACCCACCGCCAACUCUUGAGCUACUCUUUUACCAACGUAUAGUGGGAUUGAUCGUAACAUUAAAACGUCUCCAUGACCGACAGAGCGACCAUGUUCGGUGACAGGGAUUUGAAACCGCAGAUUGUGAGUCGAACGCCAUAAGGUCCAUUAGGCUACAAGUAAAACUGCAAGAAAUGCGGUCUUUUGUGACCUAUUAGAUAGUAAAGAAGCAGUUAGAAAUACUGCACUAUCUUUGUGUUACAGUGCAGCAUACUUUUAUAAUUUUGGAGACAGUUUAUGGGAAGAGCGGCAUUUUUACAUUAAUAGUAAGAAGUACAAAACGUAUAAUUACCUUAUACAUUAUUACUAGUAUUAGUGGAUGAAAAUUUACAAAAGUAUUCUAUAUUAUAACACAGAAAGACAGCAAUGCUUCCAACUGCAUCUUUAUUACCUCACAGGUUACACAAAUAGACUGCAAUAUUUUUCUUUUUAUUUGUAGAAUAGCUUCUUCAAAUUCGUCUAUCUUGUCUGUCAUAAAACAGAAUGGUAUUCUUAUUUUCCAUUUUACGACCAACUUAGUACUUCAUUCUGUCAAAUAAUUUUGUCUAGAUUUUUGUCACGUUUUUUGCACAUGUUCGUUAGUGCAGUACUACAUGUAUUAAGGUUGUCUUGAGAUGUUUCAAGAUGUCUGUUAGUGUUUUGUGAGAAUCGUGUGUGAGGUCGCGAAAUAUUUAUCAGAGACUUAAGUAUUUCAGAGUUCUUGUCGUGAAAGCAGAGUCAACUCAGACAUAUAUAUACAGUUCGGAGCAAUGGCUAUGAAAUUACCAUCCACUGUUCUGACAAAGUUGGUUUCAUCAUAUAAUCAUUUAUGGAAACCCCCUCCAAAAAAACCUCCAUACAAUCAUAUUUGUAGAAUAGGAGAUCCGGUGUUAAGAUAUGAAGCCAAAGCUAUUGAUGUGGAAAAGAUAAAAUCAGAAGAAAUUCAGAAGGUAAUAAGCAAAAUGAAGAAAGUAAUGAGAAAUCACAAGGCAGUUGGCCUAGCUGCACCACAGAUUGGAUGUUCUCUUAGAGUCAUCACAAUGGAAUUUAGUCCUGAAAGCUUAGAGAUGUUUCCUCCUAGUAUUGUUCUUAGUAGAGAAUAUCAAGCUUUUCCUCUACAGGCUACAGGAGGGGGUACUCAUCUUUGGACUUAUCGGCUAUCAUCUUCCGUGAGAUUGUUCAUUAUAGGAGUCAACCUGUUUCACCUGAUCUUGCCCCUAUUCCUCCUGAACAUGCCAAACUUGCUCGGGUCUACAAGAAUUUUGACAGCCUUUUUCCUCCACCUGAUUUUGCCAUAUUUUUCUAUGCCCCUACUGCAGAAUCAGCUAGGCCUAAUACGGCUUUUAGAUAUAAUUUCUCAGGUCUUUGUCAAUCCAGUGAUGAGGGUUGUGGAAAAACACAAAGUUACAUUUCCAGAAGCUUGUGAGUGUAUUAAAGGUUAUAGUGCAUUGGUACCAAGAUAUUACGAAGUUAAAAUAACAGGAUACAAUGAAAAAGCUGAAGAAGUGGAAUGGCAAGUAAAGGGUUGGCCAGCACGUAUAAUCCAACAUGAACUGGACCAUAUAAAUGGUAAAUUAUACACUGAUAUUAUGGUGUCACAGAGUUUUCAGUAUGACUUUUGGUAUCAGGAACACUUACAAAAGUGGUUUAAUAUUUUUAUAAGAAAGUAGUUUGUUCAAUCUGAGAAAGAAAAAAAGUAGUGUAAUGAGUAUUCUUUUGACAGUAUUUGAUUAUAAUAGCUAGAUUAGUCAUCAUUAUAUUCUGCAAUAAAAUAAAAGAUAUAUCCAUAGAAAAAGGAGAAUUAAUAUUUCUUCAUAUGUGAUUGUAAACUUCUGAGGUAAAGAUUGUGAAACAGUACUUGUGCAUACAGUAAUAUUUUCAUGUGUAAGAAUAUGUUGAUUAUGCUUUUGUAAAUUUUUUUCAUUAAAAACAAUAACUGUUAAAUCUCAAAAUAUGCAAACACAUCUCAGAAUGAAUUCUACUGUCAGAUGCUAUUAUUGUCAAACUAGCUGAAGUACCCAUUCCCUGCACAGGUGUGCAAAUGACUUGAAACAGGUAUUUAAAAACACAAAGAAAUAGCAGUCCAUUGCAUUGUUAAUGGAAUAUCACUAAAAUUUAAAACACCCUAAACACUCGCAAACACUUCCACGCACUUUGCCAAAUGCCCAACUACUCCGAGACUGUGGUGAAAUUCUGUCUACCAGUCUUUUUAAAAACCAUUGUGUUGUUACAUGUAGAUGAAGUUAAGGAUCACUCAAGGUUAUACUUGCUGAUAAACACUGCAAAAUAAAGUAUUGAGUCUUGUUGGUUUUUCAAGGCAUACUUACCAGUGAAUUGUAGUGUUAUAUUAUACAGUUUUUUUUUGGUACAUUAUACACCUCCACUUUAGGGGUGGAAGCUCUAUGGAUGUGCUCCUUCAACAUGAUUAUAUUUUAAACAUAAACACAACAGUAAAGUGAGUCUCGCAUUGAAAAAAAAGAGACAUAUUUGAUCAUUAGCAAAAUAAAGUUUCAUGAGCUUUGAAGAUUUCUUUUACAGUAGAAUUUCCCAUCAUUUAGAGAAAAGGAAUGGAUGGUGUUACAAUGUUAUAGAAAAAGUAGAGAAAUAGGCUACAUAUUGUAAAUUGUUUGACAAAAUCAAAGGUAUGCCUUUUUUGUGGGAAUUUUGACCCCCAAGUCACUUCUUGGGACCAUAGGAGUCACCUUGCCAAGUUUGGCAGAGGUCGGUCAAAUAGUAUAUGAGGAGUAAACGGACAGACAAACACAAGAGAGAGAGAUUUCAGGUUUUCUCUUUGGACUGUCUUCCUGGGUUUAGCUUUGUUAGCUGGCUAAGCUGAAGAAGCACACUUUAACUUAGGCAUUUUCAAAAUUUAAAUGUGCUGUGACUAAACCAUGCAGGUUACACAGACCUGCAAAUUUAAACUUCAUAAAAGUUGCUUUGGUUUUAAUAACUGUUACUUAGAUUGAAUUAUUAUUUCAUUUACCGCAAUGA